AUGGUCGCGCCAGCGGUUCCCGAAAUUACCGAGGAGAUCCUCCACGAGUCGAUUGAUGCCCGAACCGAAUCUCUCGCUGGCCUUCGAGAGCUUGGCCCUCCCGAUCUCGUCCAUCUUCUUAAGCACGGCGUCCGAAACCCAGCCAAGCAGACUGGCGUCUACCACCAUGUCACCGGUGUCGACGCAUCUUCAUCAGCUAGUCUGGCAGCGUAUAUCAAUACUUUGACCUACAAAGAGUCGGGGCCAAAUGCGACAAACAAGAUUGUUGAGGGUGUUUUCUGCUGUUACAAUGCCUUCUCACGACUUGACAUGCGUGUGCAUGUUUCGAUUCCCGGAACCGUAGAAAGCUACUGCGUCGACGAGCGAGGCGAGAAGCGAAAGGCUUCAGAGGAUCUCUGGUUGGAGACAUACCUCUGCAGUGUUCUUCGAGCAUACUCGUAUGCGGACGAUGGUAGCGGCGACACAAUUCGAAAGAUCAUGGGCGUUCGAAGAUUCAAUCCUGUUACAAACACUGAGACCGAGCAUCGUUUCCUUCAUGCCGCAGAACAACUCUUUUUCAGGGGAUGGCAAUUGGGUUCCGACUCGGUAGUUCAGGUGCCUACUAACGUAUCUAACCACUUGACUACUGGUCUUCUAAAGUACCUCGAAACCACAGGUCGAUAUGCCUCUGGAAUCAACCUCUUUGAGAAGCUCCGGACGCAGAGCGUCGAGGUUUCAUCUCUGUUGGCAAAGGUUAUGUUCAUGGGCCACGAAGAAGUCGCAGGCGUUAGAACACUACAUCAAUCUCUAAAGGAAACCCCGAUGGACUAUGUCAUGCUCGAUACUCAAGCUGAGUUUCUCUUGGGCAAGGCCAAGGGCUCAGCUACUCCUGAACUCAAGGAGGAGAGGCUCAAGUUGUCUCUGGGUUGCGCGGAUCGAGCGACAGUUGCCGCCCCGACCGAGUUCAGCACAUGGGCCAGACUAGCUCAGGUCUAUGUGGCUAUGGAAGAUUGGGACAAUGCGCUGACUAUUCUCAACUCAUGCCCUAUGUUCACCUACCAAGACAAGGAUACCCCCUUGAUGCCAGAACCCAAGGAGGUCAUCCUGCCAACUCUUCCUGAAACUCGCCUUGACGAAAUUGACAGCGAGCCUGAGUCGCGAUACUCGGAACAGGUUGACCCUAGUCUGCUCAACCUGCGAGCAGCAUCCUACAGAGGUACUUUCAAGAAGGCGUAUGAGAUCCUAACCGAAAUGACUGCAAAGAUUGGCUGGGACCAGCUCCUGAAGAUCCGUAGCAAUGUAUUCGUGAUGGAGGAUGAAUAUCGCACAGAGAAGCAGGAAUCUACUCACCCGGGUGCCUCAAAACGGACCCCAAGCACUGAUGGUCUGCGAGGUACACCUGAUCAAACAGUCAACCGAGACAAUGAGGCAGAGAGUGAAAACACAGAGAAGCCUGCUGAGGAGGUCUCUGAGGGAGAGGCUGACGCUGACGCUGACGCUCCUGCCACCAACGGAAAUGGUGAGCAAAGCAAGAUCGAGAAGCCAUCGAAUGUCAUCGAUCCCGGAGAGGCAAAGACAGAUCCUGAGACCACCAAGAGUGACGAGAAUCUGUCAAAGCUCAACACCAAGCGCCUUUGUGAGCGCUGGCUGGAUAGUCUUUUCAUGGUUCUCUAUGAAGAUCUUCGUGUUUACACAAUCUGGCGCACUCAGAUGGCUCAAUACCGUGCCCAACAGAUGCAGUACAAGAAGUCAGCCGAGGAGUGGGAGAUUCUAGGCUCUCUCGCCGAGCGACUCCAGCACAUGGAUGAAGCUGUUGAGGCGUACCGUGCAUGCCUCUCCAUUCGCUUCAGCCCCAAGGCCUUGGCAGGAAUCCUACGUGUCUUUGAGAAGACCAAGAGCACAAGAGAGACAGUGGCAUCUGUCAUCCGAUUAGUGACAUGGCAGUACCGAUGGUACAGCGAGUUCAGCCCCGAGCUCCUGCACACGAUACGUACCCUGAUCGAGGACGAGGGAGCAGUCAAGGUCCGAAGUAUCAUACAGGCGACAAGCUUGCCCCAGAACGUUCUGGACCUGACACAUCACUAUGCUGCGCUGUGUGCGACAUUCAGAAGCAGCGGUACCGACGGUUAG